GAUAGUCUAGCCUAGACCGUAUUGACGACUGCUUGAGUCCAGUCUUGUCCUCAGUAACUUUCAGUCGUUCAUGACAUUAUCUGUGGCCUCCACAAUGCGGUGCACUGGCGCCGUCAACUAUUGGAGAAUGUCGGUGGGUCCCGAAUGUCUUUCCUUAUCAGGAUUGGACUUCCUCCCCGCCGCUCAAACUAUCCAGCCCUCCCGUGUUUCAUACACGCUUCCUGGAGGAUAACCACAUAGCCUUCCUACGGAGCAAGCAAGCCGGGGAGGCAGAAUGAGGUAUACAUAUCUAUGUGAAGGAACAUGAACAUCGACCCUUGAACUGAAGAAAUGACAACCCCCCGGCACAAUCUAGUAACAUUGUUGAGUUUUUAUCUGUUCUGUUUGGUUUUCCAUCUCUGUCUAUGAUGGAAAACAACUGAUUAUGGGGCAUUUUUCAUUCAGAUGACACUUAGCUACGCGGUCAAUGUCCAAAUCUAUCUCACUACUGUAAAUAUUUAAAUUCUGCCUUGACACACCUUUCUCCUGCCUCCACAUAUCUCUCAUUUCUGUGGAAGACCGGGACGUUUGACUCAGCACUUAACACGCAAUAUUCCACCACAAUCUAGUGCUAAGUAAAUUGCUAUAGCCUCCUUGCAAGACCAAGGUGUGUUCAUUUUUGUCUGAUUAAUAGUUUUAAUAUGUAUUGUUUUAUUUUGUUAUUUAAACUCUUGUUUGACAUGUAGCCGUCAUUUCUAAACUGCACUUUAUUGAUAAAUAUCAAGAUCAUUUCAAACUGUAAUUUAAGCAUAUCUUUGAGUUAUAUUUUUUUAAUCUUUAGGGGUAUAUAUAUUCUGUUUUAAUUUUAAACUGGAAAAGUAUAUUGUUUUUGUUUACAAGCCUUGUCUGUCGAUCAUUCCGAAAUGGACAAACCUAGAAUCUGAUAGCAUUUAAGGACAAGGCAGACAUAACCUGGAAUUGACUGAUCUAAGAUCUAUCCUUGUCUUCCGCAUUUCAUUGUGAAGGCUGGUGUUUUUCAUUGUUUUUAUGUUCCUCUGUUGGAUUGACACACUAAAGAGAAGAAUCUCCAUCUGAAGGCCAGUGGGAGUUAUUUUUCUUGGAUCGUACAAUACUCCUUUGAGUGCAGAUGGAUUUCACAUGUCAAACUCAGAGGUGCUUUUGUGGCGUUGCCUUUGCAUUUCAAGCACUGAAGUGGAAGAAUGAUUUUAAGGAGGUUUCAGGGAUAAAUAACUUGUUUUAGUUUUUAAGACAGACUGACAGGUCUAUAGUUAUAUUUUGGUUUUCCUAGCAGAUCCUAAGGAGAGGUGCUUCCAUUUGAUUCUCCUUUAAGGUGGCCAUCAGUGGCCAAGUGAACUGACAUGUUGUAUCACUACCUGAAUUUAAACAGACUUAUUCCAUCCAACAAACUGCCAACUGCAUGAAACACUCACACACCGUCCACCUGUCAGGAAACAGACCUUACCUACCCUAAACCUGAGGGUUGGAAGUCCUCUCCCCGUCAAGCCCACCACACUAAGGAUGCGUUCCCCAGAGCCCCCCAUCCCAUCCCCAGCUGAGGCGCUACUCCACUGCCAGUUCGGGGGCUGGGGAACGGGCAGCAGCUGCAACAACAGCUGCCCCAACAGCCCUGGGGGUCUGUCGUCCCUGUCUCCCUCCCCCAGCCCCUCUCCUGCCUCCAGCUACGCCUUGACCCUCACCCCCUCCCACAUCCACGUCCAGCGCCUGGCCCCCCGCCCUGGUAAAGAGGCACGUCUAAUACUACCCCUGUCAGAGCUGGCAGGGUGCAGCUGUCCCCGUGCCCCUGCUCCCCCCUUGCUGGUCCUAUACUGGUAUCCCCCGGGGAGACGGAGGAAGGGGGUGUCCAGGAGGAGGCAGGUGAGGGUGUACCUGGCUGAGGCCAGGGUGGAGGCUGAGAGAUGGUCCACUGCUAUUCAAUGUCUGCUCAGGGGAGUCACCAUCACUGCUGACACGGAAAUUGGCAAACGUCUACUGCCCCGUCCCCGAAGGCUGCUGCUAUUGGUGAACCCCUUCAGUGGGAGAGGCCAGGCUAUGCAGUGGUGUCAGACACACAUCCUGCCAAUGAUCAGAGAGGCUAACAUCAGCUACAACCUGAUACAGACAGAGCGACAGAACCAUGCCAGAGAGUUAAUCAAAGAGAUCUCCCUCUCACAGUGGGACGGCAUCAUCAUAGUCUCUGGAGAUGGCCUGCUGCACGAGGUGAUCAAUGGUUUGAUGGAGCGUCCAGACUGGGAACUAGCAAUAAAGACACCUGUAGGCAUCCUGCCCUGUGGCUCUGGAAAUGCCCUGGCUGGAUCCAUCAACCACCAUGCAGGUUAUGACAUGUGCCUUCGGGAGCCUCUCCUCCUCAACUGCUGUUUUCAGCUCUGCCGUGGCGGAGUCAAGCCCAUGGAUUUGGUCUCCGUGACAACCAGCCCCGCCCCUUCUCAAAAUGGCCGUCCGGGUCUUCCCAGAAGGAUGUUCUCCUUCCUGUCUGUGGCCUGGGGCUUUGUGUCUGACGUGGACAUCGAGAGUGAGAGGUACCGGGGUCUGGGCUCGGCACGGUUCACCCUGGGCACUCUGGUCCGCCUGGCCUCCCUGCGCUCCUAUAAGGGCCGUCUGUCCUACCUGCCCCCCUCCAUAGUCGCCACAUCCCCAGACGCCAUCCCUCCGCCCCUGCGCAGACCCCUGUCCCGCAGCAUCACUGAGGGCCUGGAGGGCUUCUGCCACACCCCCAUCCAACGCACCAGCUCUGACAUGGGCCUCAGCGAACAGAGGAGUCUGAGGAGGGUAGACACGGAAAGGGAGCGGGAGAGAGAGAUGGAGAGGCAGAGAGAGAGGGAGAGGAGGAGGGAGAGGGCCAGGGGAGGGGGAACGGGGGUGGUCAGGACGAGUAGCUUGGCAGAGGAUAGAGAGAGAGAGAUGGAGGGAGAGGCGGGGAGGUCAGGGACAAGUUCGGAGAGAUCUGGGACGAGUUUGGAGUCGAACGAAAGGGAAGAUUGCAGGAUGGGAAGGGAGGAUGGGAUGACGAGGAACAUGGAAGAAAGGCCAGAUGAGGAAAGAGAAGACGGAACGAUGGAGCAGGACUCAGGGGUGAUAGAGGAUAUAGAGGAGAGAGUGAGGAAUGGGGAAGGCAGCAGUGUCUCAAUGGAUGGGGUGAUGGAAGCGAAGGAGGUUGGAGAGGGGUACGGGGUGGACAUAGGGCAAGAGGCCAACGAGGACCCAGAGGGGUGUUACUUGUACCCAGACAACCUCCAGCAGACCAGACUGGCUCUAAGGAAGAAUUCUGCCCCUUCCAGCCAGAUAGCUAACGCCUUCUUUAGCCAGCCCCUCAGCCAGGAGGCUGACCCCGUGUCUGGAGCCUCGUACAGGGCAGAAGAGAUGGAUCUGAACGGAACAUACUUUCAGAAAGAAGCUUACCCACUGGACAUCGCCCGGGAGAGAGCCCUCACCAUAUCCUCUCCCUUCAGACACUCUCCUUUCUCCUUCAAGCCCAAAUCUCUGGACCAGAACGCAUCCCGCCCCAGACCCCUAUCCCUCCUCCACCACCCCCACUCCAACUCCCUACCCCCCAAACUCCCCUCCCUGUCCCUCUCCCUCUCUCCCACGCCCCCUUCCUCCCCGUCCUGCGCCUCCCCCCACUCCUCCUCCUACCUCGUUCCACGCCCCAACACCCCCAACUCUACCUCCCCUUCCCCGUCUCUCCAGUCCCCCUCCCCCUCCUUUACCUUUGACAUUGCAGAGCCUGCCGGACCCCUCAAGAACCACCCCCCGUCUCACUCCCUUUCAACCCCCCGGGAUGACCUCCUGCCCCCCUUGGACCAGGCCCUGCCGACCCGGGACUGGGUGACCAUUGAGGGGGACUUUGUGCUUGUGCUGGCGAUCUACCAGUCCCAUCUCGGGGCAGACCUCCACGCCGCCCCCCAAGCCAGGUUUGACGAUGGGCUGAUCCACCUGACGUUUGUGCGGGCAGGGAUCUCCAGAGCCACCCUGCUCCGUCUGUUCCUGGCCAUGGAGAGGGGGGCACACCUGUCUCUCAGCUCCCCCUAUGUGAGCCACGUCCCAGCCAGGGCCUUCAGGCUGCAGCCCCUCUCCCCACGAGGAACACUCACUGUGGACGGGGAACUGGUGCCAUACGGCCCGCUGCAGGCACAGGUCCAUCCCUCUAUGUCCCGGCUCAUUGUCGGCGACUCUGGAGUGAAGAUCACCCGAUUCUGACAAGGGAUUGGCUGACCAGAUCAGCUGAUACGGCGCUCUCUUCAAUUAUAUCAUCUCUGUUGCCAUCUACGUUCACAGAGAAAGAGGAGAAAAAAGCCUCAGAGACUGAAAAUAGCCCAAAUCAUUUCUGGGGUUUAAUGGAAGGGAUCACCUGCUGAGCAGAGCGGCGGUGCAGGACGCAAGCCGAGGGAUUAAUAGAGAAUUUUAAAAACGGAUGAAAACAAGCUUUGUUGCACAGCUGUUGGAUUACACUCCGUUUAUCCUGAGAAGCCUGUACCUGCAUAGCCAUGGGAACAAAAUAGGGGGGGGAAACAAGUUGAAUGUGUAUGGGGGAGUGUGUAUUCAGUGCAUGUGUGUGGUGUAUACAUUCUAGUAUGCACAAAUGGCAUGCAGAGAUGCACAUUUCCUGACCUUGCCUUACAGAGAGAGUUCAGAUUUCUUUGUUCUCUAUCAAAGCUGUCCUAGAACAGUUCUAGUUCUAUAUCAGAACUCUCAAAACUGUCCUAGAACAGUUCUAGUUCUAUAGCAGAACUCUCAAAACUGUCCUAGAACAGUUCUAGUUCUAUAGCAGAACUCUCAAAACUGUCCUAGAACAGUUCUAGUUCUAUAUCAGAACUCUCAAAACUGUCCUAGAACAGUUCUAGUUCUAUAGCAGAACUCUCAAAACUGUCCUAGAACAGUUCUAGUUCUAUAUCAAAACUGUCCUAGAACAGUUCUAGAACUACUUCAGAGGGAGCCACACCCUCAUGCAAAUGUAGAUCCCCUUCCGUAUUGGAACCUCCGUCCUUCCCUGUAAUGCCUUAAAGUACAUCUCCUGUGACUUUGCCCUUUCUGUCUUAUAUAAGAAGCCUAAACCUGCGACUCUGCAAACCUCCAUUCACCAGAGGCUGGUGGGAGGAGCUAUAGGAGGACGGGCUCAUUGUAAAGACUGGAAUGGAAUUAAUGGAAUGGUAUCAAACCCAUACAAAACCCCAUGUUUGACUCCGUUCUAUUUAUUCCAUUCCAGCCAUGACAAUGAGCCCGUCCUCCUCUGCCAUCCAGGUAAAUCAGAGGGGACUGUCCACUACAGGAAAAACAAAGCAAAGCUGAUGAGCAUACUGUGGUGUUAAGUUUGUAUUGGUGUGUAUGAAAUAUCUGUGAACAAAGGAAGUUUAUUAGCAAUCCCAUGGAGACGAUUACUCCUAGAAUAAACCAGUAAAGUUAGAUCAACACUGAAAUAAAGAUAAAGCUCAUUGAGUCCUUAUACACGGUAUUCCACAAUAGUAGGAUAGAUGGGACUGUUGAACAGUAGCCAUCAUGGUGUAUAGUGCAUUUGACUGUUUUUCUUAGCAAAAAGGGUGCAUGAUGAUGAUGAUGACGAUGCUAGAUUAUGAAGUUGCAACACAGUGAGCACGAGACUGUUGCUUGAUCAAGUUUCAUGUAUGUUGUCACGGAAUCCUCUGAAAGUCUCACAAAGACCCAGAAUGCUGGUUGUUUUCAGCAAAUAGUCACUAGCUCCACAUGUGUAAACUGCCUUUUUACAUACCUCUGUUGUAGUCGAUUUUAAUUGAUAUAAUUGUGAGUAGAUUCUGAAGUGUUAUGCAGCUGCAGAAAAUCAACACUCGAUUGUAUUCUGUCUUUUAGAUAAAGAUUGCUGUUGAAAGGAACAAGA